CUGAAAACCCCAACAACCAGCAAGGUUUUGUGAGCUGCUUCGCUUUCGUCUAGGUCUGUGAUGGUUUGAGUCUGACAAUCAACAGACGUAUAGCGACAAAUCCAUGUUGUGCUCAACUCUACCACACAUUCAUUUUAAAUGUGGCGGUUUGCAUCAAUGCUGAAGUGACGACGUGGGAGGCGCAGUAACGAGCCAGUUGAAGCUACAUGCAUAUAUUUUUUACAAUAACUUAUUUUGAAGUGAUAAUACAUACAGUAAUAUAGUAGUAUUACACAACUGCGCUACAAAAAAUAGGUUUAGGCAAUUUUAAACAGUAGUAAAUUGGAAAACCUCAGCUACGUAUCAAUUGUACAGUCAGUUACCAUGGCAACAGCUCUUAAUCUCAAACGCUAGCUAAACGCAUGAUUAAAAAAAAUCCCGGCGACCUCAGCUAACGCUCUCUACUACAGGUUCUCUGCUUUAUCGUAAUCUCGUAAAAAAGCAGCUUACUCACAAUACCUUAUCGUUAAAGGAAUCCUCUGUGUAAGGUAUGACUCAAAGAAUGUCGUUAGCAUGACAGCUAAGUUCUGCUGUCAUCCAACACCGUGAUGAAGUACUCGGUGUUGCGUAUUACCUUCUGAUAUAUGCACUCGAUUAUUAUAGAGUAAACGUGCGAAAGCCACCUUAUUCUGUAUAUCGGUGGUUGCAUUAUACCUUAUAAUAAGCGACGCUGUAGUGCUUAGUACUGUUUCAAGGGCUUCUAAUCCGCUUUGAACGUCUUAUUUUAGGGAUGGGAGAGUCGGCUGUGGUUGACCUCCAGAUGAGUGGCAGGUAGCGACAGGUGCUAAAGUAAUGUUUUGGUGCCAUAUACAAUGAAGAAGAUAUUCAGCUUCACUAAGAAGAAAAAACACCCGUCUGACACUCCAGACAGUGCAAGCAGGCUUUCUGUUGGCUAUGAACUGAAAGACAAGGACCUCGGGAAGGUUCACAAGGCUGCCUUAGCGGGUGAUUUGGCAAAGCUGAAGCAGUUGACUAAGAAGAAUGAUGUCAACCAACUUGACAAGGAGAACAGAACCGCACUGCAUGUUGCCUGUGCUAGUGGUCAUGUCGAGGUGGUACACUUCCUCGUUGAGAGCAAAGCCAAGCUUAACCUAUGUGACAAUCAAAAUAGAUCUGCCUUAAUGAAGGCAGUUCAGGGCCAGCAUGACAACUGUGUGAGCAUACUGCUGGAAAAUCAUGCUGACCCUAAUCUGAUGGACAUCAAUGGCAAUACGGCACUACAUUUAGCGGCAAACAUCCCAUCCGUCCCCACUGCUGUCCUGCUGCUGCAACAUGGGGCUCAAAUCAAUUCCCAGAACAAGGAGUGUUUCACACCUUUGAUGGUAGCAGUGCGAGAGAACCAUGUUGAGAUGGCUCAGUUUCUCCUCAAGGAGACUGCUGAUGUGAAUUCUGUGGAUCAAGAUCAAAGGUCCCCAUUAAUGAUAGCUGCUGGAAAUGGCGAAGUCUGUAUGGUAAAGCUGCUCCUGCAGUUUGAUGCAGAUACCACACUAAAGGAUACCAAAGGAUGUUCAGCUGAUAACUAUGCAGGAAUAAAUGGGCAUCACUCUUGUUCCCACCUGAUCAUAGAGCAUGAUACCCAGCAUACGGACAGGGCCUCCCUAUCACAUCAAGAUCUGAGCAAGAAGAAGAAAAAAAUGCUGAGCGCUCCUUCCCAAGAUCUUGAAGCAGGCUUCUCUUUGGGAGGACCAGCCACUGACAGAGAUGAGCAUGGAGCAGAUGAAGCAGGGAGAGAUUUUGAAGAUAAUUCUCAGUCAGAGUCACUAAGUCGCGUUUCAAAAAGGGCUGCAGAUGAUUGGCCAUCAUCAGAUGAUGAUGAUGAAUCUGUUUUAAUUGAAAAGAAACCUCUGAAAGUUGACCUCAGCAAAAUGAUUGCAUCUAAAAAGGGAGAAGCUGGCUGUGCAGCUGAACAGGGGAAAAGAAAACACUCUGAACAACCUCUGGGUACUAAAUCAAGACCAUCGUCUCAAGAAAGAAGUUCAGAUGCAGAUGACUCUGAAGAGGAGGAUGGCGAAGAAGAGGGAGAGGAAGACGAUGAAGAUGAAGAAGAGGAGUCUAAUGAAGAGGAAGAAGAUGAUGAAGAAAGUGAUGAAGGGGAAGAGGAGGAGGAGGACGAGGAAGAAGAAGAAAUAGAAGAAGAAGGCUCUGAAGAGGAGGAUCAGGAGGAUGAUAGCAAAUGCGUGGCUAGCACUACAGAAUUUAAAGCCCCUCAGAUCACACAUGAUGCUGGCAUCACUUCAAAGAGUGAAACAUUUCUUGGAGUUGUACGUGAGAGUGUAGAUACCUCAGAGAAAAAUACCAAAACAAAGACUUUAAGCACCAACCUCAUGCACCCCGCUGGGACAUCGAGCUUUGUUACUCCAGCCACAUUACAUAUAGUGGAGGAUUGCGUUGUGUCAGCCAUAAGGGUAGAAUCUAAGUUUUCAGAUGAAGAUGACAGCCUGGGAAAGAAAUAUUUGAGUUCAUCGGAUCAUAACGUAAUUUCAGGCCAGGAUUCAACACGACAUUGUCCAGAGACUCAUUCACCAGGCGAGGAUAUGAAGGAAUGUGAGAGAGACACAGAAAAGGAUGUUGAAGACUCAUGGGGCAAUAAACAAAAUCGUAGUGAUAUGGAGUGGAAUGACAGCGAUAAUGAGGAGGAUAAACAUUUGCUUGCUAAUCAAACAAAUGUAUUACCUGAAGUUGGCAUAAAAAACACAGACAGUACUUCUGAUGGUAAAGAUGAUUGUGGAUCGCACAACAAGGUUUCCACAGAAGUGAAACUCAGGUCCUCAUGGGGAUCUUCAUUAGAGGACAGUGAUAUUGACAUACCUGAGGUAAGCAAUGAGGUUUUUGAUCAGAAAAGCACUGUUCAAGCACCAGAAGCAUCAUUAUUGCAUUUAAAAAACACACUGCCUCAGUCAAAUGAAGAACAUCCAGAUAGCCCAUGGGAUUCUUCAUCACCAGUUGCAUCUCCAAAAUGUGUUACACUUAAGGAGGUUAUAGACAACCACAAGUCACUGUCUGGUCUAGGUCCAAAAACCUCUUCUCAGUCCAGAAACCAAGCAGCUGUAGAUGAAUCAGAGUGGGAUUCCUCUGAAAAUAAAGACCAAAAUGAUAUUGGCACUAACUCUAAUUGUGAAGUGGUGUCCCCAGUUUCCAAAGCAAAUGAGACUGGAGAGAUGCAAUUAGAGUCUAAGGAAGAAGAGGAAAGAGAAAGUAUUGAGAAAGAGUCAGAUGACCCCUCACCAGUACUUUCAUCGGCGCUGGAUGAUGAAAACCAACUUCUGGGGAAUGAUGAAGUUGAAGAAGAUGAAAGCUGUUGGGAUGAUGAAGAUGAAAGCAAUGGCUCAGAAAAGCAAGAGAAAAUUGCGAUGAAUGACAGUGAUGUUUUACACAGUGAGGAUAUCCUGAAGAUACCCGACCCAACCAAGCUGUUGUCUCCAAAAUUGAAGUCCACAGCUACAGUACACAAGAAGGUGGCAGAAGACGCUAAAAGGGAUAAUCAGCAUGAUGAAGAUGGUGAAUUGGUUCCUCAGUCAGAAAAUGAUAUGCUUGCAGAAAAUGUUGAACUGGAAGAAGAAAAGCUGGAGGUUGUUAAGAAAUACAGUGUCCGCAAAGAUGAUGAGACGAGUGAAGACUCCGACAGCAAGAUCCAGAAGCUGCAGUACGAUUUUGUCAAUGCUACAGUUAAAAUGUCCACAGUAGGAGACGAUUCUGAUAAAACUGUUGAUGGAGGCCUUUGUGAAGGUAUCGAUGCAGAUGAUGAGCAUGAAGCUAGAUUAACUGCAUACGUUCCAUUUGAAAACCAAACUAGAGUGUUGUCAGAGAAGAUUAAUGAAAAACCAAUAAAGGAAAAGUCAUUUUCAUGCCCACCCAUCAAACAUCAAACCACAGCUUGUCUGCACAGUGAUUCAGAUGUGAACACAUUUUCAGAUGAAGCACUACCUCAGACUGACAUUGAUGAUGUUGAUGUAGACUCACCUGAUGAGGCAGAAAACAAAUACAUGAGAUGCUCUGGCAUUCAGAAGGAAGAUUCCACUGAGGAUGAAGAUGAGGAAGAGGAUGAGGAUGAUAAUGACAAAGAGGGGGAACAAGAUGAGGAGGAAGAAGGAGACGAAUCAGCUGAGAAUGAUCAGCUUGAAGAAAGUGGAGAGUCUUGUGAUGCCAAUUCGCCUGCUCCCGAUGCCGAAGUUUCUAAAGAGAAGAAGAGGGAUUUCCUGUCUGAGCUGGGUCUAGAGGGGGGUGAGGAUGACCAGAGUUCAUGGAGCUCUGAGUCCCACUCGGAAAACCUGAAUAUCGACGAGCAGAAACGAGGAUUAAAUAGUCAGAAUGAAGGAGAGAAAGAAGACAUUAAAACGAUUGCCAGCAGCAGUAAUGAUGAUCUUGAAGGUGAACCUGCCGAUCAGUACAAUAAAGUACAGAAAGAGACCGAGAGGGCAAAAUGGGAACCACGUAAUGUUUUGAGCAAGCCUAAAGGCGAUGUCAGCCGAAAGACAAAUGUAAUGGAAGAGCUUGGUCUGGGUGAUGUUGAUGAUCUGGAAGGCUUGUGUUUAAUACUGAGUUUUCCAUCUUUUAUUUUUCUCAUUAAACCUUUUAAAGCUCAAAAAGCAGAUGCAUCGGACUGGGACUCAGCCAGUACUGCCAGUAUGGGAGCCCUGUCUGGUCACAGGGUUGCGUCCCCUGUAGUUGAGAAAAUUCCAGAGUGCUCCAGUUCAUCUGAUAAGGACCAGGACAAAGAUGAUGUUGCCACAGCAACACUGACGCAUCAGAAGAGCAUCAGCCCAGACAAGAGACUGCCCAGCACACCCUCUCGAGCUGUUCCUCAGCCCCAACCUCGUACACAGAAGACGGGCCCUCAGAAACUAGAGAGUGAAGAAGAAUCUGAUUGGGAAACCGAAAACAUAACAUCUCGCAAAACAGCUGAAAAUGACAAUCCACUACAAAAUAUGGCUGAGCCUCAAGCAACGGUUAAACCAAGGUCUGCUGACCCCUCACUGAUGGAGAAAGACAGUGAAAUCAUCACAGAAUUUGAAGAGCAGCAACAAAAGAUUGGAGAAGGGAGAACAGAAAUCGAGGUUGAGGUACAAAAAUCAAGUACUUCCCAGGUUACUAGUGGAAUAGCAUUGGAGGAAGCUGGUAUGGGGAAACCUGAGACCAGCUUAGGAUGCAUGUCAAAUCAAGCUGAAGCACUUGACCAGGAGCAGCAGCCCGAGGCCGCCAUGAGUUUGGCAGCCAGUGCAACAAAGAAAGAUAAGGACCAUGAAGAGGUGGGAAUGGCAGAAGAUUUUGAUGAACUCACUCAGUCCUCAGACACAGCCACAGAUGAUGCUGAUUCACCCGCUACAGGCUACAGUCACGCGUCCCUCCUCAUUAAGAAACUGGACUCAGCCACUUUGGACUCAACAUGUGUAGUGAAGCUGCAGAACAUUUUCCAUGAAUAUGAGCGCUCCAUCAAGAAGGGAAAGGAUCGGCAUAAGUACUUGACUGAUAAAGUGGUCCUGCUGGAAACUGAGAGACGAGACUUGAAGAGCUCUUUGGAGGACAUUAAAGAUGCCAAGUCUGCCAUGGAGCGGGUCCAGUUGGAAUUACAGACUGAAGUUACAAAUCUCAAAUUUCAGCUGAAACAAGAGCAGGAGAAUCACCGCCACACCACCAUGAAGUACAGUACCGCUGCCGAUAAGAUGAGGAGGAUGGAUGAGGAACAUCAGAAAGAAAUUCAGGAAAUGCAGAAGGUGCACAUGAACCUCGAGCUAGAGAUUAAAAGACUCGUUAACAACAUGAAACAGCUUGAACAGGCCCACAAUGAGACGCAGAGACUGCUGGCUCAGGAGCGCAGUGCACGCACCCUUCAGGAGAAUCUUCUGAGCAGCCAUCUGAGGAAGCACCAAGAGAUAGAGGAGGAAAACAAAAGAAACAUGAUCAAAAGCAGUGAAGUCUUAUCUCAGCUCACUGAAGCCAGCGACAGGGAGCGAGAGUUACUGCAGCAGACCGCUUCCUUACAGGAGCAGCUCACCCUCCUGAGGACAGACUUUGAGCGUUUGCAGACUCAAAGCAGUCUGAACGAGAGCCACCUUAUAGAGGCGAGGGAGAUACUGAAAGAAGAGCUCGAAGAGGUACGGCGGGAAUCCCAGCUUAACAAUGAAACCAUGGCCCAAGUUGUGUUCAACUACAAAAACCAGGUUACAACCCUUAAAUCUGAACUGGCAAUAACAACGACCCGUCUGGAAAACGAACGUCAGAUUCGCGAAAAACUGGAGGAGGAGGUUGAAUUGAGUCGUACUCGUCUGGCUGCGGCUGUAAAGGAUGCCGAGCUUUGUCUCGCAUCUAAGUCAGAAACCGAGAAGGCUCUGCUCCGGGAGAAAGAGGAACAUCAGCGUCUCAAAGACAGACUCACUGGUGAAUCAGCCAGUCAGCGUGAGGAAGUCAGUAGCCUGUCCCAGAAGCUGGCCAAGGCAGAGUCCCACGCAAACAGCAUGGAAAAUGAAGUUCAUCGUACCACCAUGCAGCUGACGGAGAAGGGCGUACUGCUGGAAGUGCUACAGCGUGAAAAGGACCAGGCAGUUGCUCGUGUCAAGGAGCUAGAAAAGGCUCUGCAGACUCACAGGGAGGAGGUCAGCUGUAACAAAGCACGUCAAGAGGCCACACAAGAGCGGCUAGUUCAAGCGCAGAGCGAAGCCAUGUUACUAAGACAACAGCUAGAAGAGGCCCAAAACAAAGGUGCUGCAAAGGAGCGUGCUGUGACAGAUGCCCAAGAGCGCUUCAGUGACAUUUUGUCCAAGCUGCGCUCUGACUGUGAAGAGAGGGUACAGUUACUGGAGGACAGAAAUAAGGAGCUCGCCAGUAAGGCGGUGGAUCUCCGCGAUCAGGUCUACAAGUUGGAGGAAGACAAGAAUGAAAGAGAGACUAGUCUGAGGCAGCUGCAGCAGGAACUCGCUGACUCACUCAAAAAGUUGUCAAUGAGCGAAGCCUCUCUGGAGGUCAACACGCGCUAUCGCAAUGACCUGGAGGAAGAGAAGACUCGGCUCCUCAAAGACCUGGACAGACUCAAAGGAAAGCUGGAGGAAAGUGAGGAUGAGUAUGUGCAGGCAGAGAGACGUAUUAACAGCCUGAAGAGCAGUUUGGAAGAAAGGGAAAAGGAACUCUCCACUGCUGCUCAGAAACUCCAGGAGGUGCUGUCUACCUCAGCUGCUUCUGACACCACGAUCAAACAGCUGGAAGAUGCUGUGCAGAGGCUGGAGAUUGAGAAUGCCAGACUAGAAGCUGCUGCGAAGCAACAGUCCAACAAAAUUGAUGCACUGCAGAAAGGAGCUCAGGAAGCUGCCGCGCUAUCUGGCUGCUCACCUGGAGGAGGGGUUCGAAGUCACUUGGAGGACAUGGUUACGAACCUCCAAAGCAGUAAGAUGACCUUGGAAGACCAACUGAAUAGAGAGGUCCAGAAGCAGAGCUUGCUCUCUCACACAGCCCAGGACUCUCGGGCCUUGUGGGAGGAGGAGCUAAAGGGCCGCUCUAAGUUGGGAGUACGAUUGGCAGAACUUGAAAAGGAAAAAGGAGAACUGAACAGCCAGAUGGAGAUCGAAAAGAAGAAAGCCAAGAAAAUAGCAGAGCAGAAGAAAGCUGUUGAUACUCGUCUGGAUCAGGAGAUAAAGAGAAACACAGAGCUUCAAAAAGAAAUGUACAGGCUGCGAACCUUAUUGAAGACUGCAAAAAAGAAAGUGCGAGAUCAAGACGCUGGUGGUGCUGAGUUUGGCUCUCCUAUGAGCAGCAUGCGGAUGGAUCUGGGCAGACACACUGAGGGGCACUUUGGGCGAAUGAAAGACAGGGUGGACGAUUUGCAGGUGCAGUUGGAGAAGGAAGCAUCUCUUCGCAGACAGCUAGAGAAGGUGAACGAGGAGCUCAAGGAUCAGGUGACUUCCUUGAAGAGCAUGAGCCACAGUAAUGAUUUGCUUGAGAGGAGUAAGAGGCAGUUGGAGGAAGAGGUACUGGACCUAAGACGCCGAAUGGAGACUGCUCAGGUUGAGCAGAGCCACGUGGAGCAGUACCGGCGCGAUGCAGAGGAAAGGGCUCGGCAAGAAAUACAACAGAAGCUGGAGCAGGUUAACCUGUUCCUCCAGUCCCAGGCUGCAUCACAGGAAGCACUCGACCAGAUUAAAGCUGCCAAUGAAGCUAGCCUGCGCUCUCAGCUGGAGCAGCGAAUCCGGGAGCUGGAGGGGGAAUUGGGCCGGGCCCGCACUUCCCAGCAGGAGAGCGUUAACCAGCGCGAGUCCACACGCACAGAGCUUGAGAGAUACCGCCAACUAUAUACAGAAGAACUGCACCUACGCAAGUCUCUGGCUGCUAAAUUAGAGAGGGCCAACAGUCGGCUCGCAGAAGCCAAUUCCAAGUUGCUCAAUGAGCGCAGCAGGUCACUGAUCACAAAUGGCAGCCUUGGAGCGCCAUCACUUGACUUUAGCUCUUUGGCUUCACCAGCCAACUAUGGAGCCUCGCUUGGGCCCCUCAACAGGAAUCUUGGUCUGGGACUCUCUCUCCUCAACCCUGUGGCUGAGGGACAGAACAGCAGGGUGGAGGACUACUUAGCCAAGAUGCAGAGUGAGUUGGAUAGAAGCAUAACAAAGGAAUUAAACAAUGCCGCAGCAGAGCUGGAUGUUGCCUCCGCCCGUAUGUCACCUGUGGGAUCUGCCAGAAGGGAGUUGGACCCAGUUAGCAGAGCAACGCAACAGUACUUGGAGGUACUGAAGAAGAACAGUAUGAUCUGACCGUCAUCUCGUUUCAAUCAGACACCAUCUUUCAGCCAAUAAAAACACCUGAAUGUUGUAAAUCUCUUCUCAGUCCUCUUUUAUAGAAACAUAAAUAAUGCACAUUGCACUUAACACCUCAGGAUCAAAGGACGAGUCAUAUAUGUGAUAAGAUUUAUAUAUCUUGAAGCAUGAAAAGUAUUUGAAACACAGUUUAGUUUUUAUUUUGUUUGUGCAUAUUUUGGCAUUCAUAAGUGUGUAUUUGCAAAUGUGCUUGUAAGCAUGAUUAAGAUAUUUGCCAUGAUAUUACAUUUUUGGUACAUGCCAUCAAAUGGUGCAAUAUCUCUCUUAUUUUAGUGCUGUGUUUAUUUUAUUUAUUCUUUUUUCUUUUUUUUAAUGAACACGAUAUACUUGAACAAGACGAGCUGGAAUACUCUCCGGCUAUAGAAACAGGGUCACUACGCUUCAGCUUUUUGUUGGCUUGUUUUUAAAAGUCACUAAGAGUAAGCUUUUUCCCAUUACUUGUAUAUGUUGUAACAAAGAUGGAAUAACUAAUGUAUAGAGAUCAUAUUCUGUCUAAAGAUGUUCACAUAAUAUUUUGUAAUUGGAGCAACUGUGUAGUAUUUUUGUGAACUAUAAUUAAAAAUCUU